AGCUGCUACCUUUAUUUAAUUCGCCUGAACUGGCUUAUCAACGCCGGGCUCUUGCCGUCUUCACCUCUCUGCUCUCCUUCUUUCUCCGGCAAAAAGUGAAUCCUCACGAGUUGAUUUGUGGUUGAUUAAGAAACCGCAGAUUCGUGAGAGGUGUUGGUAGGGACAAGAUGGAGAAGUUUCUAAAGGAGAACUUCGAUUUGCCGGCAAAGAAUCCGUCGGAGGAGGUGCUGCGGAGAUGGCGAAGUGCCGUCGGAGCGAUUGUUCUGAAUCGCAAGAGGAGGUUCCGGAUGGUUGCCGAUCUUGAUAAAAGAUCCGAGGCUGAGGCUCGCCGUCGCAGCAUCCAGGAAAAGAUUCGAGUUGCUCUUUACGUGCAGAAGGCUGCUUUGACGUUUAUUGAUGCUGCAAAUAAUAUCGAAUAUCAGCUUCCUGAGGAGGCUAGGAAAGCUGGUUUCUACAUUAGCCCUGAUGAAUUGGCCACCAUUGCACGGGAACACAAUUCGAAGAGCUUAAAAAUUCAUGGAGGUGUUGAUGGGAUAUCAAGAAAAUUGUCUGUAUCUCUGGAAGAUGGCAUCAAGACAAGUGAUUUGUCUAUCAGACAGAAUAUUUUUGGAGCGAAUAAAUUUUCUGAGAAACCUGCUAGAAGUUUCUGGAUGUUUGUAUGGGAUGCACUGCAAGAUUUGACCUUAAUAAUUUUGAUGGUUUGUGCUGCAGUUUCCAUAGGAGUUGGGCUAGCCACUGAAGGGUGGCCAAAAGGGAUGUACGAUGGACUUGGGAUCAUUCUAAGUAUCUUGUUGGUAGUUUCUGUUACAGCUGUCAGUGAUUACAAACAAUCACUGCAGUUCAGAGACCUGGACCGAGAAAAGAAAAAGAUUUUCAUGCAAGUGACCAGAGAUGGCUAUAGACAAAAGGUCUCCAUCUAUGAUCUGGUUGUUGGAGAUGUUGUUCAUCUGUCUAUUGGGGAUCAGGUUCCUGCUGAUGGGCUCUACAUAUCUGGAUAUUCGCUAUCAAUAGAUGAGUCGAGCUUGUCUGGAGAAGCUGAUCCAGUGCAUGUUUCUCAUGAAAAGCCAUUUCUGCUUGCUGGGACUAAGGUUCAAGAUGGAUCUGCCAAAAUGCUAGUGACUGCAGUUGGUAUGAAAACUGAAUGGGGAAGACUAAUGGAAACUCUGAGCCAGGGAGGAGAGGAUGAAACACCUUUGCAGGUGAAGCUUAAUGGCGUUGCUACAAUCAUUGGGAAGAUAGGCUUGGUAUUUGCUACAUUAACUUUUGUUGUACUGCUGGCCAGGUUUCUAGUGGACAAGGCAAUUCAUGUUGGCUUGUUAAAAUGGUUCCCAGAUGAUGCCUUGCUAAUAUUGAAUUACUUUGCAAUUUCGGUUACCAUAAUUGUUGUUGCAGUUCCAGAGGGGCUACCUUUAGCGGUGACGUUGAGUCUUGCAUUUGCUAUGAAGAAACUGAUGGAUGAUAAGGCACUUGUGAGACAUCUAUCAGCAUGCGAGACAAUGGGAUCUUCAGGAUGCAUUUGCACUGAUAAGACUGGAACUUUGACAACCAAUCACAUGGUAGUUGAUAAGAUUUGGAUUUGUGAUGAAUCUAAAUCUUUCAGGAGUAAGGAGACUUCAGAGCAUUUGAAGGCUACCUUGUCUGGAGAAGUAGUAGGCAUUCUUUUGCAGUGUAUAUUCCAAAAUAGUGGUUCAGAAGUGGUGAGGGGAAAAGAUGGUAAAAACACCAUUUUGGGUACUCCAACUGAAACUGCACUAUUGGAGUUUGGCUUGGAUCUUGAAGGAGUCGUUGAUUCUACUCAACAUCGAGAUUGCAACAAAUUGAAGGUGGAACCCUUUAAUUCGGUUAAGAAGAAGAUGUCUGUUCUUGUUUCUCUACCAGAUGGAGGAUUUCGAGCUUUUUGCAAAGGUGCAUCUGAAAUUAUCUUGCAGUUGUGUGAUAAGAUCCUUGAUUGCAAUGGAAAUGCUGUGCCUUUGUCUGAAAAGCAAACAAAAACUAUCUUGGAUGUGAUUACUCUUUUUGCCAAUGAUGCUUUGAGGACACUGUGUUUGGCCUACAAGGAUAUGGAUGAAGUUCCAAAAGAAGAUGAAAUUUCCACGGAUGGUUAUACACUGAUAGCUGUUUUUGGAAUAAAAGAUCCAGUACGAUCUGGAGUAAGGGAAGCAGUUCAGACUUGUAUAACUGCUGGAAUAAAAGUGCGGAUGGUGACCGGAGACAAUAUUAACACGGCUAAAGCCAUUGCCAAAGAGUGUGGAAUAUUGACAGAUGAUGGUCUGGCUAUAGAAGGAUCAGAAUUUCGCAGCAAGAGUCCAGAGGAGAUGAAGCAAUUAAUACCGAAGCUCCAGGUAAUGGCUCGAUCAUUGCCGCUAGACAAACAUACUUUAGUGACCAAUCUUAGAAACAUGGGUGAAGUUGUUGCAGUCACUGGGGAUGGGACCAAUGAUGCUCCAGCUUUACAUGAGGCAGACAUCGGUCUAGCAAUGGGUAUUUCAGGCACAGAGGUUGCGAAAGAGAAUGCUGAUGUGAUUAUCCUAGAUGACAACUUCACCACCAUUAUAAAUGUCGCUAAAUGGGGCCGUGCUGUGUAUAUUAACAUUCAAAAGUUUGUACAGUUCCAGCUGACUGUGAAUGUUGUUGCUCUUAUAGUCAAUUUUGUCUCUGCAUGUAUAAUAGGGAAUGCUCCUCUCACUGCUGUGCAGCUGCUAUGGGUUAACAUGAUUAUGGAUACGCUUGGUGCCUUAGCAUUAGCAACAGAACCUCCAAAUGAUGAAAUGAUGAAGAGACCUCCAACCGGCCGUGGUGAGAGUUUCAUUACAAAGGCUAUGUGGAGGAAUGUCAUCGGCCAGAGUGUCUAUCAACUUCUGGUCCUCGGAGUUCUCAUGUUUGAUGGAAAGCAGCUGCUCAAAUUAAGUGGAUCCGAUGCCGAUAUCGUGCUCGAUACUUUCAUAUUCAACACAUUCGUGUUUUGCCAGCUAUUCAAUGAAAUAAACAGCCGAGAAAUGGAGAAAAUCAACGUCUUUCGAGGAAUUUUUAGCAGCUGGGUCUUUUCCGCUGUUCUUAUAUCCACCGUAGUCUUCCAAGUUAUCAUUGUGGAGUUUCUCGGUGCCUUUGCCUCCACCGUCCCUUUGAACUGGCAACUAUGGCUGCUCAGCGUUAUUAUUGGAUCAGUGAGCUUGAUUAUAGCCGUUCUACUCAAAUGCAUUCCAGUUGGCUCUGCGAAGCGCCCAUCUCACCACCAGAAUGGCUACCAGCCAAUACCCAGUGGCCCUCAAGAAGUUUAAGGUUUGGUUAGAGAUAACUUUCUUACUGCUUCUUGAAGCUGUUUUUUUAG